CGUCACCAAGGAGGCGAUAAAUAUGUGUUGACAUAAUUGGAUGUGAGAUUCAGUGUUGAAGUAGAGAAAAUUCUGCCCCUGGUUCCCUGGCAGGGCCUUAUGAUUUAUGCAGGAGCAGAGGCAGCACGCAAUCGAGCUGUCAAGAGAACGUCAGCUUAUUAGGCAAAUGCGUGAUUUCUGAAGAGGGUCGACGCUAUAAAAGCGCACUCCAGGCUCUGGUGAGGAGAAACUCAGAGUCCAAGUCCGUUGAGAGACUGAAAGGAAAGAGAACAGGUACAGAAAAACAGAGUGGAAACUGAAAGGAGAAGGAAAGAAAGCCCCCUUGAAAGCCGCGGAGACAUUCCUCUGCAGCAGCGCCUCAGAAGCUAGCGUCCCUAACAUGAGACUGCCGCUGCUCGUGUCCGUGGGUGUCCUGCUCGUGGCACUCCUGCCCUGCACACCAUGCAGGGCCCUCCUCAUCCGCGGGCCUGGCCAAGGCUCCCGGCAGCUCCCCCAACACACGGAUUUCUUCCAGCCGCCGCCGCAGCCCCAGCAGCCCCAGCAGCCACAGCCUCGGCGGGUCCAGCUCCGAAUGCGGGAGGAAUACUUCCUCCGCCAGGGCAACCCCAAUAAGAGCACCGCUGCUCCCCUCUGGUCUGCCUCCACGCCUGUCGCGGGCGGCAGUGGUAGGCGCCUCUCGCAGGACAAGGUAGCUGACAACUUUCUCCGCGUGUUGCUGCAGCAGCAGUCGCAGGGCCAGCACCCGCUCGACAGGCUUUCGAGCCCCGCGGGGCGUGGCACUGAGAGCGUCCUCCACGGUCUCCUGGAGGCACCGGAAAAGGAGAGGCGAUCUGAGGAAGCUCCCAUCUCGCUGGAUCUCACCUUCCACCUCCUCCGAGAAGUCUUGGAACUGGCCAGGGCUGAACAGUUAGCGCAGCAAGCUCACAGCAACAGGAAACUGAUGGAGAUUGUUGGGAAAUGAAACGGUGCGUUUGGCUGUUGCCCUAAAAGAUUCUGCAUUUAGCACAAAAAUAAAAAUAUACAGCAUUCUGUACCAUAGCGUUGGUCUGAUAUCAUUUGUUUAUUUUUAUAUAGCUCGAAAUGUAGAGGAUGUACAGCAAAAGCACCUCUACUCCUUAAUUAGCAUGCACAAAGUGUAUUCACGUGCAGUAAUAGCAACAAAAUGGUAUUUGUAUUGUCUACUUUUAGUUUCCAUUUCCAAAUGUCUUUAGUGGUGUUUAAAAGAGUAUAGACCCAGGAGGAAACAUUUUGAAGAAGCAGACAGAAGUCACCCAACUGAUUUUGUUGCUAAGCCAAAGAGAAUGUCAUUCUCUUGGGUGGGUGAGAGAAAACCUGUAAGCUCUUUGAAUCAACUUGUCCUUGCAAAUGUUUCAGUAAUAAAACGUCUUUACAAUCCUUGGUCAAUUUGGCUGUGUAAGAGAAUGUUCAAUAGUUAUAUUUUGAAUAAAUGUUGCAAACAUAAUCAUGACUUUAUUUCUCCUCUUCAAUGCCUGCAGCAAAAAAUACUCUCAGCUCCUGGCUUCCUCCAAGCUGACUUCCACACAAGAAAAAACAAAACCCCUGGCAUUUUUUUCUACCACAAAUACAAAUAUAUCCUGUGAUCUUUUGGGGUUCAUCUCUGUACCUCAGAUUACUACUCUGAGAUUGAGUUAAAUAAUUUGGGAAGUUGCUUUCAACUCUAAGAUCAAUUCAUAAUGGAAAUGACAUUUAACCCUGAUUAACUAUAAGAUGCAAACUAAUUGGAGAUGUUUGGGGAAGGAAGAAAAGAAAAAGAGGAAGGAUUGAGAAAGAGCACUUCUCCAAACCUUAAGGCCAAAAUGCUUCAUUUUUUUUCUAUGAGGAAUUCUCACACAUUAUUCAUAAAAUACUUUUUCUAAGUAUUUUUCAAUGCCUACUUCUAAUAGGAGAACUUGAUAGCCUCUCCACUUAAAACAACUAAAUUUAGUUGCUAUAAAAUGGCACUUAGGAAAAAAAUUUAUGAAGAAUAUUUUGACUUUAGUAAUUCCACAGAUACCCUCCUCAUUUAUGUUAAUGCCAACCCUAAUCACUUUAAUUCUUAGAAAUAUAAACUAUCUUUAUUCACUUCUAAAAUCAAUAACACACUGAAUUAGUUUUACAAUGCAUCCACCUUUAGUAGUUUAGUUAUAACUAAAAAUUCAUGAAUGUGUAAUACUUCAAAAUUAAUUUGGAUGUAUGGAAGGAUGUAUGAAUCCAAAUGGAUUCAGACCCUUUAAAUACACUUAACUAAUGGAUUACUAAGAUAAUAUGAAACACUGAAUAAAUCAUUAUAAGACUAAGUUGUUAAAAACAGCAUUUAUUUAAGAGUUCAUACAGAAUAAAGUUAUACUUAUCUUCUGAAGGAGGCAUUAUAGUGAGACAAAUAAAACACGAUUUAAAUAUAUAUACAUAUAUUAUAUUGUAUGUAUAUAUAUUUAAAUACAUGCAGUUGUGUCUCAGUGGAUACAUGAGAAAGUAGACGGUUCCUGUUGAAAAGUUUUUUUUCGAUUACAGUGACUGAUAUCUGCAUAUCUAAAACUAAGAUUAGAAAAAUGUCACAAGAAAUGUCCUAGGCCUUCAGCCUUCUGGACUAUGAAAGUGUCUCCA